GUUAGCGCCAUGGGUAACAGCAGCGGAUGGCCAGACCAAGUGAAGGACUGGACGAGUGAGAUACACGGGAUCGUCCACCACAGUACAGAGAUCGACACACACACGAGAACGGUUAUAACGCGAGCGCUCGUCACCAUAUCCAGGGUCUCUUCCGUGGAUCACGAAACCUUUUAUCAUUACGCAGAAAGUGUGUCCACCCUUGUAGAAAGUAUGAUUCCAGAUCACCAGACACUGGACGAGUCAAACGAAAACGCUGGACUCAUUCUGGGUGCUAUGGAGGACAUGACGUUCGCUACUAACAUUUCUAACUCGGAUCAGGAUUUCUCCGCAUUCAGUGUUACUAUUCGAACUGUGACUGCUGUUACACAUCAACUAAUAACUAUCAAACCUGCUUCAGAAAAUACGACUGAAAUAGUACAACUGUCGCCAGGAGUAUUCGUUAAAGGCAAAGGAAGAGUAUUAGUUAUACGUUACAAGAAUAUGCAUAAGAAAAUGUCAAAGAAAACUAAAAAGUAUGGAAAAGCUGAAAUAGGAAGUAAGGUUGUAUCCAUUGGGAUACAGACUAACAGUACAAAGAAAGCUAAGGUGAAGAUGAAAAACGCCGUAUACUUUACGGUGCGGAACAUUUACAUCGGUAGAGGUCGCGAGGAGAAGAGACUAUGCAUGUUCUGGGACGUCGAAGACAGGUCGUGGUCGGACAACGGAUGCCGUGUUGUCAGUGGCAACCACUCACAUACCAGAUGCUCGUGUGACCACCUUACGAGUUUUGCUGUGUUGGUCCUCUACUUUGGUGACGACAAGAACACAUACAACAGCGCACGCGCUCUCUUCAUCAUGACAGCUGUCGGCUGCUCUCUGUCUAUCGCAGGACUCGCGAUGACUCUCUUUAGCUAUGUAUAUCUCAGAAUCCUGCACCGAGAGAAGAUUCUGAUCCACGCUAACCUGGCCGCCUCCCUGUUGUGUGCCCAACUCGUCUUCGUGUCGUCAAGUGACGCGCACCAACACAAGGCAAGUGUAAAAUUCGUCGCCAUCUUGCUGCACUUUUUCUUCAUGGCGUCGUUCACGUGGAUGAUGGUGGAGGGACUGUGUCUGUACCUGAGCUGCACACGCGGCAUGUACAACUACGGCGACAUGCGCGUCAAGUACAUGUUCAUUGGCUGGGGCGUACCAAUCGUUAUCGUUCUUAUAUCGUUUGGCGUCGAGUUUCCUAACUAUGGAGAUGGCACUGGUCAAAGCUGCUGGCUGUCUCUGAAAAAUGGUCUCAUUUGGGCUUUUAUGGGUCCAAUGCUGCUGGUGGUGAUGUUCAACUUGAUCAUCUUGGCUCUGGUAAUCAAAGUUUUCCUCACCCUGAGAGCAAACUCACAAAAGACUGAGGCAGCACGUUUACGAGCGAGUCUGCGCGCCACGGGCAUGCUCCUUCCGCUCCUUGGAACCACGUGGCUCCUGAGUAUCCUGGUCCCGUUCAGCAGUGUGUUCCAUUACUUCUUCGUGAUCGGAAACUCGCUCCAGGGAAUGAUGAUUUUCUUUCUCCACUGUCUCUGCAAUGAAGAGGUAAGGAAGUACCUAGCGUCACGUCGUAACUUCACUUCCGGCGAUGGAACGUCUGACACUGACGUCAGUGGCUUCUGGAAGCGCCGCUCUCCAGUACGAGUGAGCUCCCCUUUGUGGAAGGAGCUUCCCAAACCGGAUAUCGAGAUAUAUGCAAUUAAGGGACAGAGUUCUGAUGAAGUCGUUAUCAAAUGGUCGAAGAAAUAUAGAGGUAAGUUUCGUUUUAAACAUGACUGUAAUUAAUACUUUCAGAGCAGACUGAUUGUAGGCCUAUUUCUUCUUGGCUUUUGUUGUUUUACUUUGGGUUUUUGUUUUUUGUGCGUGUUUUUAAAAUUAUUAUUUUGUUGUUGGGGUUUGUUUGUGGGGGUUUGUUUUUGUUUGUUUUGUUGGGUUUUUGUUUUUUUGGGAUGG